UGGUCCAGGACUCAGGGACAGGAGUCAGGCAGGAACCGGUACAUUGUGACUCCACUGCUUCUUUUCUGUACCAUUCUGACCCAAAGAGAUACAGUCUCCGUGGUAGACAUAAGGUCCCGUACAGAAGCUUUUGUAUUUGCAUACCUUGCUGUCUGAGCUCUGCUUGUCCCUGUUUCAUAGUGCACCAGCCUGUGGGAAAAUCGCAAGACUAUGGCGGGGUUCUACUCAAAAGCUCGUGGGGACCUAUUCUCAGUUCAGUGGUUUGCUGCUGGCAUUCGCCUCUGUAUUUGCUGUAUUCUGGCUGAAAGACAAGAAUCUUAUCAUGUACAGCUCGACUGGGAUUAUUGUCAACUGUUUUGUUUAGUUAUGUCUUAUCCCUUAAUUUCUUCUAAGAACUAGUUUUGGGUCAGAGCCUGGAGUUUGAUCUGUGUUCUGGUCACAUCCUGCUGCCUGAGAGUACUUGAUGACCCCAUGACCCUGGACAUGGAUGCUGUCCUGUCGGAUUUUGUUCGUUCCACAGGUGCAGAGCCAGGGCUGGCUCGAGAUCUUCUAGAAGGAAAGAACUGGGAUGUGAGUGCUGCCCUCAGUGACUUUGAACAAUUGCGCCAAGUCCAUGCUGGGAACCUGUCCCCACCCUUUAGUGGAGGGAGUACUUGCCCUAAGACCCCUGAAAAGGGGGGUUCGGAUAGAGAGCCCACUCGCCCUUCUCGACCCAUCCUACAGAGACAGGAUGACAUCAUUCAAGAAAAACGCCUGUCUAGGGGCAUCUCCCACGCCAGCUCCAGCAUUGUUUCCCUGGCCCGCUCCCAUGUCUCCUCCAAUGGUGGGGGUGGGGGGAGCAGUGAGCACCCCCUGGAAAUGCCCAUCUGUGCCUUCCAGCUUCCAGACCUCACUGUGUACAAAGAAGACUUCCGCAGCUUCAUAGAGAGAGACCUCAUUGAGCAGUCCAUGCUGGUUGCCUUGGAACAGGCAGGGCGUUUGAAUUGGUGGGUCAGUGUGGACUCCACCUGCCAGAGGCUGCUCCCUUUAGCAACUACUGGGGACGGGAACUGCCUCCUGCAUGCAGCCUCUCUUGGGAUGUGGGGUUUCCAUGAUAGAGACUUGGUGCUGAGAAAAGCCUUGUAUGCACUGAUGGAGAAGGGCGUUGAGAAGGAAGCACUGAAAAGGCGCUGGAGGUGGCAGCAAACACAACAGAAUAAAGAGUCAGGACUGGUGUAUACGGAAGAUGAGUGGCAGAAAGAAUGGAAUGAACUGAUCAAACUUGCCUCAAGUGAACCCAGAAUGCAUCUAGGUACCAACGGAGCCAGUGGUGGAGGAGUGGAGAGUUCAGAAGAGCCGGUAUAUGAGAGCCUAGAGGAAUUCCAUGUCUUCGUCCUUGCUCAUGUUCUCAAGAGGCCCAUAGUGGUCGUGGCAGACACCAUGCUGAGGGACUCUGGAGGGGAAGCAUUUGCCCCUAUCCCGUUUGGAGGGAUCUAUCUGCCAUUGGAGGUCCCAGCCAGCCAGUGUCACCGAUCCCCUCUGGUGCUCGCCUAUGACCAGGCCCACUUCUCUGCACUUGUGUCGAUGGAGCAGAAGGACAGCGCCAAGGAACAAGCUGUGAUCCCACUCACAGAUUCAGAGCAUAAGCUGCUGCCCCUGCACUUUGCUGUGGACCCAGGAAAGGGCUGGGAGUGGGGCAAAGAUGACAAUGACAAUGUCCGCUUGGCCAGUGUAAUCCUGUCUCUGGAAGUGAAGUUGCAUCUGCUGCAUAGCUAUAUGAAUGUGAAGUGGAUCCCUCUGUCUUCCGAGUCUCAAGCCCCUCUGGCCCAGCCCGAGUCCCCCACAGCCUCAGCUGGAGAUGAACCCAGGUCCACUCCUGAGUCAGGGGAGUCGGACAAGGAGUCGGUUGGCAGCAGUUCUAUCAGCAACGAGGGCAGCAGGCGGAAGGAGAAGUCAAAGCGCGACAGGGAGAAGGACAAGAAGAGAGCAGAUUCCGUGGCUAACAAACUGGGCAGCUUUGGCAAAACCUUGGGCAGCAAGCUUAAGAAGAACAUGGGGGGCCUGAUGCAUAGCAAGGGCCCCAAGCCUGGAGGGCUGGGGAGUGGGUCUGGAAUAAGCAGUGGUACGGAGACAUUAGAGAAGAAGAAGAAGAACAACGCAUUGAAGAGCUGGAAGGGUGGCAAGGAGGAGGCAGCUGGCGAUGGGCCUGUGUCUGAGAAGCCCACAUCUGAGCCUGUCGGCAACGGAGGGAGCAAGUAUAGCCAGGAGGUGAUGCAAAGCCUGAGCAUUCUGAGGAUCGCCAUGCAAGGGGAGGGCAAAUACAUUUUUGUCGGAACCCUGAAGAUGGGCCACCGGCACCAGUAUCAGGAGGAGAUGAUCCAGCGCUACCUUGCAGAUGCUGAGGAGAGAUUCCUGGCAGAGCAGAAGCAGAAGGAGGCUGAGAGGAAGAUCAUGAAUGGAGGGUUAGUUAGUGGGCCUCCUCCAGCCAAAAAGCCAGAGCCGGACGGCGGGGAGGACCAGCCCAGUGACUCCCCAGCAGAGUCCAAGGCAACGGGCUUCUCUCCUGGUUACCCUGGGGGCUUUACUAUUCCUCGACCUUCUGGGGGUGGAGUCCACUGCCAGGAACCUCGGAGGCAGUUGGCAGGGGGUCCAUGUGUAGGGGGCCUUCCAUCGUAUGCCACCUUUCCCAGACAGUACCCUCCUGGGCGACCCUACUCCCACCAGGACAGCAUCCCAUCUCUGGAGCCAGGCAAAGAUGGAGUUCACAGGGGUGCCUUGUUACCACCCCAGUUCCGUGUGGCUGACUCCUAUAGCAAUGGCUACAGAGAGCCACCAGAGCCAGAUGGAUGGGCUGGAGCUCCCCGGGGACUUCCCCCAACCCAGACCAAAUGCAAACAACCGAACUGCAGCUUCUAUGGACACCCUGAGACAAACAACUUCUGCUCUUGCUGUUACAGGGAAGAACUGAGGCGGAGGGAACGGGAACCUGGUGGGGAACUGCUGGCACACAGGUUCUGAAUGGCUAGAACCUUAGUGGGGAAAGGGACUAAACAAAGAAAGUUAAGCUCAACUCUGGCUCAUCAGGACCCAGCCCCUGUGUUGAUGGGGCAAGUGCAGAAAUGUGUGUGGGAGCUGGAGUGCUGGCAGGCUGGCGAGAGAGCAGGACAGGGCUAGCUACUCCGAGGGCAGUAGUGCUCCUCUGCACAGUUGACUUGAGACUGCAAGGCAGAAGAGGGAGGGAGGUUCUAGCUCAACCUCUUGGGUCCCAAUCCCAGGACCCAAGGGGAAGUAGGGAAAUACUAGGUGUGUGUGGGUGGGAGGUGGGUGGACACCUUCAGGGAGUACCCUGGGAAGAAAGUUCUCAAUCGGUUAAGGAAAAAAUAGACCAAAGUUCAUUGACUUUAGAAGAAAAGCACAUGGUAGUGUACUUGGGAGUAUAGAGUGAGUCUGGUACUGAACAAGUUUGAUUUUGGUUUGAAUUAGGUAGAUUUUAGGGUUGGAUAAAUUUUUCCUGAAGGAUCAAGGCAGUAAUGUGUGUGCUUGGCCUGGUCACACAGAAAGCAUACUUUAAAUCCUAGUGAAUGGAAAUAGGAAAGGGAGGACUUAAAGGAGGGCUCUUUCCUAGAGAGUUUUAGGUUCUAGAUACUCAUCUGCCAUCCACUCUAGUUUUAGGGGAGACUGCCUGUUGCCCCAUCCUUUCCGCAUCCUUUUUAAGGACUGAGCUCAGCUAAGUUAAGAUGUUGUGAUUUUUUUUUUUUGAUAUUUUAUUUUAAAAGCAAGUUCCUUUUGGGAAAGAGAAAAGUGGUAAAAGCAGCCUUGUAUGUGGGAUUUUCUUCAGGUGAACGGGUGCAGAGUGAUCUAUUUUUUAACUCCUUAGCAAUAACUACACGUGGACUUGAGUGCACCUGAGAAGGGACGGAGGAGCCAGGUGUUUGGCCAGACUGUUUGAAACAAUACCAAAACCUCUAUCGAGCACUGUCCUCUGCUGCUGUGUUUCCGUAGAGAGCAACCUAUUUUAUUGACUAAUUUUUUUAAAGAAAAACUCGACUCUGACAAAAUUUAAAAAUUACUUACUCCCCUCCCCUAUCUAAAUGAUUUUUUUCUCCUUCCUGUGUACUUCUGGAGAAUGAACUUAACGUCCUGGCUUCUUUUGUUAAGCCAUCGCUGACCUUAGUCUGUGGUUAGUUUAUUAAAAUAAUAAAAAACACUUUGUAAGAAGAAUUAUUUUUGAUAUUAGGACUGGAGUUGAAGCAUGGUAUGGGGGCUAGGGGCCACUUAUAAAAAGGUAGCUAGAGAAAUAUAUUUUAGUGAACUGUAGCCACAGGCCACAGAUUAGUUCCAGUGAGCUGAUCUGGCUUUGGAUUUCUCCCUUUUCCUGAGCCAGCCCUGUUCUCCAGAGAAGUAGGGGUGGACCCAAUGGCGAGAGCUCCCUUGCAAUUUGCACAAAGCACAAGUCUGGACAGUUUAUGCUCUGACCAGAGCUGUUUCUAAGAGCUUUAAACCUGAAGACUAUCCUGCGCCAUUGCCCUUUCUCCUUAUUUUUUUUCCUGGGGAAAAAAAUCAUCUAUGCAAUUCUAUACACUUGUGGAUGCGUGUGAAGAGGGUGUGAGUGUGCUGCCCGUGUCCAGACAGCUCCGGUUUCUCUGCUGAGGCAUGCCGUCACCCACUAGUGGAAUGUAGUCCCCAAAUUUGAUUUAAGUCACAAAUGGCUCUAUAUGUGCAUGUAUACGUUUGUGUGUGUGUGUGUGUGUGUGUGUGUGUGUGUGAGAGAGAGAGAGAGAGGAGAAGGCUUUGGGACUCCCAGUCAGGAAGAUAAUCAGAGAGAGAGAGAGGGGGGGGGGGGAGGAAGGAGAAGGCUUUGGGACUCCCAGUCAGGAAGAUGAUCACAUAGCUUUCUUCGGUAACAAAGCUAGUCAAGACUUCUUUAUGGAACUAGUAAGUUUAAGAAGUUGUCUCUCGCCCCCUCAAAAAGUUUGAAAGUCGCUUCCAGGUCUGCCAAUCUGUUGAUUUAAUAAUUUCCUGUCAUCAUUUUUAGACUAUUUUUUUGUUUGUUUCUUUGCUGUGUAGCCCUGGCUUGCCAGCCUGGUACUUAUUAUAUAGCCCAGGUUAGCCUCCAACUCAUAGCAACCCUCCCGUUUCAGUCUUCUGAGUGCUGGUAUCUAGGCGUGAGCCACCACACCCAGCUUUCUUCAGGCUGAAACCUAGUAUGAGACAAGCAUUUCUGGCAGGUGCUUACUUUAAAGGUCUACUAGGAAAUUGAGGAUUGGUUUGGUUUUGGCUUAUUUUUUAGGUAGGCUCCUUCCUAUAGCCCAGGCUGGCCUUAAAUGUAUGAUCUUGCUUCAAAUUUUCCAAGUGCUGGGAUCACAUCAUGCCAGACAUUUUUUUAUUUCAGUAUAUAAACAUUAAAAACCCAGAUUGAACAAAACAUCAAAAUCUUAGGAUAUAACAGGAACCGUAUUAAGGUGAAAGAGGGGAGAGCCCUUAAUUGAACAAAUAUGAAGACAAAUCCUGUCUAUUUAAAUUGUGAUGUUUAUAAAGGUGUUUUUACAUUUUUUUCAUUUUUUUUAAAAUACUGCAUCAAGAUAGUAUUUAUCUUGGUUCGUGAGUUUUAAGCACUCCUGUUUUUCUCCCCAUGAAUGGUGGACUAACGCCUUGUGCCUUGUCAUCAUCACCUUAGACUUGUCCCAGUUUCCGAAGCUUGAAUGACACAGGUGAAACCUUCACCAUGAGCCCCCUCUUCUUGACUGCAGACACCUGUGUGCACUGCUCUCCCUGACUGCAGACACCUGUGUGCACUGGUGGCGUCCUCCUCCCACAGCAUACAUGGGGUGCCUGCCUAGGUGGGUGGGGGUGCAGAUAGCCCAGCAGGGCUUUUCCUGGAGAAUAAACCAGGGAAUUCCAUCUCCACUGGACUGCUGUGUUUGGACUUGAUCUGUUAUUAGAUUGUACUAGAUUAUACUUAACACUCCUGUUUCUAAAAACUGAGGACAAAUGAAGAGACUCAGAAACCUUGUAUCAUGCUUGUUUUUAUUUCUAUGGUACCCAGUUUCAAUUCUGCUUGCCUUUCCAAAGAAAAAAUAAGAAAGUUCCAGGGAAAGGGAGGGUUCUAAGGUCGUGUGGGAAGUGGGUACUUAAAACUUUUUGUUAAAUUAGUUUUCAUUUGGAAGGUGACUAUUAAGGCACCAAAAAAAAAAAAAUCCAUUUUAAAGAUGAGGGACUCUGAGACAGAUUAUUUUUUAGUAAGGGCUGGUGAGAUUUUCAUUGUUUUAUGGGGAUGAAGGAAUGGGUUGAGUAGGGUGGAGCUAAGCAAUGUCUGGGAAACAAAACAGUAAGCAAGCCCAUGCCAGUACUGUGGUGGGGAGAAGGGAGGGUUUUGUGGGGAGCAUUCAAGUGAGUAAAACCUCCCUUAUUUAGGAGGGUCCUGUGUAUGAUGACGGGAUGGGGGUGGGAAGGUGAUAGACUCGUGGUGUAUCCUUAGAUGACAUAUGGCCUCAUCUCUCAGGCUUACAUUUAAGUGCAAUUACUCUUUACUCCAGGGCAUCUGGGGUCCCACUAAAGUUUUAAUGGAGAGAGAUCUUCAGGGUUCUUAUUUUUCUCCUUUACGCUUAACAUAAUUACACUCUCUCCACCCUACACUCUGUACCAUGCCAUCCCCAACUUACAGCAACUACACCAGAGGACUGACCUCCAAAUCCCUUAACUAAGGCUGGCUUAAUUGAGAAUUGAAAGAGAUUUUCCUCAUACUGUGUUUUGUAAAUGAUAUAAAUUAUAUCUUUUAUUUAGUUUUUAAGAUGUAAUUUCUAAGAGUGAGGGAUGGUGUUAAGCUCCAUGCUGUGCCUUAAAAUAAAAGUACCCUCCCUCACCAUAGGUUUCCAAAGUGCACAGACCAAUAAAGCAGAAAUUACCAUGACUUUAUAUUGUACAGUCGGGAGGUAACCCUGAGCCCAAGUUCUCUGAGAUGUGGCCCUUGCCGUUCUUCCUUUCACUCACAUGUCCAAGGUUCAGGACACUUUAUUUUUCUUUCAAUAAAGGAGCAUUUGGGUGAUGGCUGUCUGAGUUAUCAGACACUUCUGACUGAAGUGUGUUCUCUUUUUCAAAGAGGCAGUACCCAGCCACAUAACCAUAGGCAAGAGGACAGAAUUAGAAGCCAUUUUCUGGUCUGGAAACAUACCCUGGAUUGUUAAUAUUUUCUUCUUUUCAUCUCUGUCAAUGCAGGCUCAAUGAGUCAUACAGGCACUCUUGAGCAUUUUGCAGAUACCCAGUCACAAGUUGUAUAUUGCCUUUUGUGCUUAAGCUGUUUAACAAAACACUAUCAUGUUCACUAUCAGGUAGAAUUCCUAUGCCCCUCCUUCCCAUGGCUUAUGUGGGUUGGGGGUAGCAGAAGUGAUGGAAGCUGUCUAAGGAGUGGGGUGGGAAGGACCUUGGCCUCUUUCUGUGUUUAUAACUGGAUCUGUGAUUCAUCCUGUGAGUCACUCAGCUCCACCUUCCUCCUCUAGCUACCCCUCCCAGCAGCCCUUGCUCUUGGCACAAACCUGUAACCAGAGCGGGGGUCUGAAAAUGGAAACAUUUGAUAUAGCUCCUUGCCUCCCUGUCCCCUUCCCAUGCAGUGGACAUCUGGGUUCGUGCGGCAGCUGGUGAGUCUUCCUGUUACCUAGUUCUCAGCUGCAGCCCCUGGUUAGGUGAUGAUCAAACCACUUACCUCCGUUCUGACCAUUCCCUCUAUAUUCUCCGUUCCCACACCUCAAGACACUAAAGAACAGAAGGAGGCUCUUAGAAGAAAAGUAGUGGAGAGAAGAAAAGUACUAAUUUCCUUACAUACUUUAUUCCAGAAGACACUGAGGUGUGUGGUGGGGUGGUGGUGGUCAGCAGCCUUUAGGACUUCUACAAUCAGGCUUCUAGGCCUGCUUGCUAGCAAGUACAUACCUGUUUGUUCCAGACUCUGCUCAUGCUAGCUUCACUAUUUCCACAGUUGCAGCCAACAAAGGGAACUUUGGAAGCUGAGGCUGGAAGGAUGUGUGCUGUGGGGAAGGGGGUGUUGUUGAAUGUCAUGGCGCCCACCUAAGGACUGCUGCCUCUGUACAGACUCAAAAACAAUAAAACAGCAGCUCAUUAACA